AAUGUGAGCUACUGUGAAGUAUACAAAAAUAAAAGUAAACUCAAAUUGUUCAGUGUCAUUAUCACAGUAAUUGACACACCACUGAUAACUUUGCUCCUGCAAAUAAUCCAUAUCAUUUGCAAAUAUGUGAGAAAUAUAGCAAAAUUACAGUCGGCCUCUUUGUGAUCCUGCUUCGUUUGAAUUGUUUACUUGCUACAUCACAGUCACGCUCUGAUUCGCUGCUGAAUAACGAAUAAGAGUGCUCUCUUCAUCCGAUGGCUGGUACUGGGGAAAGGGUUAAAUUAUUUUAGUAUCAUGUGAAAUUACAAUAACAUAACAGACAUUGGUAGAGAGAGAGAGAGAGAGAGAGAGAGAGUUCCUUGGAAGAGAAGUUUAGCCGGAAAUCUGGAUUGCGCAAUAAACUCUGUCACGUUGUGUGGGAUUCUCAGUGGUUAAAAGGGAAAGUCGUCCACUGUUAGAAGCACGCCACACACUCCACACAACAGCUUCAAUCUGCACAGAAACCAAUCAGUAAGAUGAAGUUGAGCGUUUCAGCCUUCAUGCUUCUGAUCUGCACGACUGCACUGCUGUGCACCAAUGAGGGUCAACCUCGACCUCCACCGCAGCACUGUCAGUGUAUUAAAACUCAUUCACGACCACAAAUUCCUGAACGACAAUUACUCGCACUAAAGGUGAUUCCUGCUGGACCACACUGCAGAAAUGAGCAGAUCAUUGCCACACUGAAGAAUGAACAGAUUUGUCUCAGUCCUACAGAGAACUGGGUGAUGUCCCUCAAGAAUCGAGCUCGAACCCUGUCGUCGUGGUCAAUUCCUCUGCGUUUUAAGUCCACCAACAUACAUGACAAGCUAACGGGACAAACUGGUUACAGGGGGAAAGCCGUCCACACUGAGAUAAGCAGUCAGCUAUUUGAAAAGGUAGUAAAGCUAGAAGAGAAAGCAGAGACACAAGAGUGUGCGCCAAAAAGUACAAAUGCUCAGACAGACGAACUUUUGCUGUCUUGCAACCGCUCCUGCCUUCUGCAGAACUGGCACAUACAUCGUCGUAUGGACUAUCACAAGUGCUGCCAUGAUGCCUCCACCUAACACUACACGCAAAUAUACUUAAUUGAAAAUGAAUUAUACACAUAGACAUCACCUUAUUAAUGUUAUUUUACCUCUGGUUAACAUUUAUUGUUAUAUAACUGUUUUUCCUUUAUUAAUA